UAAAUAAAGAUAACUCUCCAAUCGUUUCUUCUUCAUUUUGGUGGGCACACACACACUUCUUCGUUCAUUUUUACAAGCGGGAAAGUCAUCUCUGUUCAUCCGAAUUCGUACCCACGAGCUAAUGGCUCGUUACCACAUGACAACGCUGAUCUUGUUCUUAGUUCUUGCUCUGUUCGCAUCACCGAGCCAAGGCUUCCUAGGGACCGAGAACAAGAUAAAAUCUGAAGUCUUUUUUUCACCAAAACUGGCGAUGAGUCCAGGAUCAGUUUCAGAUUCUUACUUAUUCGACAUCGAUUUCCCAAGAGGGCAUAUCGGCCUCAAAAGUUUCGAUGCUGAAGUAGUUGACGAAGCGGGCAACCCCGUCCCUCUGCUUGAGACAUAUCUCCACCAUUGGGUUGUCCAACCGUAUUAUGUGCGUAAAGGUUCUAAGCUUCCACAGCGAGAAAUGUUUAGGAAUCACGGAUUCUCACGGCAAGACCCCGAAACCAAUCUUGAUUCGAGAUCGUCGGAUAUUAUUCUUGUCAAAAACGGAGGGUUGUGCAGGGGUGCAGUACUCAGACACUACUAUGGGCUAGGAUCAGAAACCCGCAAAACCUCGACGUAUUUUCCUGAUCCUUACGCAGUUGAAAUCGAUAAUCCUCAGGAGAGACCUGAUGGUUAUGAAUUCAAAUGGCUUCUCAACCUUCACGCAAUAGACACGAGAGGUGUGGAGGAACAUGUAACCAAUAUACGCCAACCCGGGACUGAAUCUCAGUUUAGGCACCUGCCGGAAGCGUGAGCGUUUUAGCAAUUUUGGCUGUGACGGUGUCGGUGGCGGUAGUGGUCCUAAUAGCCGCCGUAACAUACCGGAGACAGAACCGGGAAGAUGGUUACCAAUCUCUUAGUACAUGAAGAAAGAGUAAAACCAUGUCGACUACAUGUUUUUCAAAGUGAAAUUUGUUUGCAUACGAAGAAUUAAAAAUAAAGAUCAUUUUGUUGUCAUCUUCCUCUGGUGUGAUAUUUCUGUAACAGUUACGUGUAAGAAGAACUUUGCUUUGUCAAAUACAUCACAUUCACACAAUAUUUCAAUGGUCUACCACACACAAAGUGUAUUCGUUUCAUAUAUUCGUUGUUGUGUUUUUGUUCCAAAACCUUUCAUACUAGUCGCUCUAUUACUGUAUUACAGAUACUUUAAUCUCUAUAAACAUCAAAGAUGGUUUUGUUCUGGUUUAAAGCUAUGUAAACCGGUUAAAAUGAACACUGCGUCGUUGUUGUGAUCCACUUAAACUAGACCGGGUUUGAUUUGACUGGUGUUUUGUUGUUUGUGUCAUGUAAUGUCUGGGAGUGGAAACAGCAGCUGAAGCUGAAGGGGUCCAUGUAAAAAUAAUGGAGUCUCCUCCGGCUGUCCAUGGAAGAUUGAGACGGUUAGAUAUUUUUUUUUGGCUCACCGACCUCAAUAUCUCACGUUUUUGAAUUCUUCUUCCGAGAUUCGUGGACCAAUAGAACUCUUCCAGAGGAAUGAAGAGACAUUAGAAUCAUCCCCAAAAGCUUUUUCGAAUUUUACUCAUCUGUGUUAAAAUCAGCAAUGGAGACGAAGAAACCAAACCAAAAUCCGGGUAGGAAGCCGCGGCCCGUGGAAGCAACAAUGGAGCACGUGCUGGUGGCAUUACGUGAGACCAAGGACGAGAGAGAGAUGAGGAUUCGAAAACUGUUCGAAUUCUUCGACAAUUCGAAGUUAGGGUUCUUAGACGGUACCCAGAUCGAGAAAGGUAUGUCUUCGCUUAGUAUCUCUCCGCAGUAUAGGUACGCUAGCGAUUUUCUCAAAGUCUGCGACGCGAAUCGAGAUGGGCGUGUGGAUUACCAGGAGUUUCGUCGUUACAUGGACGCUAAGGAGCUUGAGCUUUACAAGAUUUUUCAGGCUAUUGAUGUUGAACACAAUGGUGACAUUUGCCCAGAGGAGCUUUGGGAGGCUCUUGAUAAAGCUGGCAUUCAAAUAAAAGAUGAGGAACUAGCUUCUUUUAUGGAUCAUGUUGAUAAGGACAACAACGGAAUUAUAACUUUCGAAGAAUGGAGGGAUUUUCUUUUGCUGAACCCUCAUGAAGCCACAAUUGAGAACAUUUAUCACCACUGGGAAAGAGUAUGCUUGAUAGACAUUGGGGAGCAAGCUGUUAUACCAGACGGUAUAAGUACACAUGCUCAAAGAAGCAAAUUACUUCUCGCGGGAGGAAUAGCUGGAGCUGUUUCUAGAACCGCAACCGCGCCUCUGGACCGUCUGAAAGUUGCUUUGCAAGUUCAACGAACAAAUUUGGGCGUUGUCCCGACCAUUAAGAAAAUAUGGAGAGAAGAUAAGUUGUUGGGUUUCUUCAGAGGUAAUGGGUUGAAUGUAACCAAAGUCGCUCCUGAAAGCGCCAUAAAGUUUGCUGCUUAUGAAAUGCUGAAACCCAUAAUUGGGGGAGCGGAUGGUGAUAUUGGUACAAGCGGGAGGCUUUUGGCAGGUGGAUUGGCUGGUGCAGUAGCUCAAACGGCUAUAUAUCCUAUGGAUCUUGUGAAGACUCGGUUACAGACUUUUGUGAGUGAAAUUGGGACACCUAAGCUGUGGAAACUCACAAAGGAUAUUUGGAUUCAAGAAGGACCCCGAGCUUUCUACAAGGGUCUUUGUCCUUCUCUUAUUGGGAUUAUCCCUUACGCAGGAAUCGACCUUGCUGCUUACGAAACUCUUAAAGACUUAUCGAGGACACAUUUCCUUCAUGACACUGCCGGCUGUGCAGAGCCGGGUCCUCUCAUACAACUGGGAUGUGGAAUGACGUCUGGAGCUCUUGGAGCAUCCUGUGUUUACCCGUUACAGGUCAUAAGAACAAGAAUGCAAGCUGAUAGCUCAAAGACUAGCAUGAGCCAAGAGUUCCUCAAAACGCUAAGAGGCGAAGGUCUAAAAGGUUUCUACAGAGGAAUCUUUCCCAACUUUUUCAAAGUCAUUCCUUCCGCAAGCAUUUCGUACCUUGUUUACGAAGCUAUGAAGAAAAAUCUAGCCCUUGAUUAAAGUAGCACGAAACCUAGUGUUGUUGUGUUUACAGAGUCUUGAUAACACUGAAAACUUCUUGAUGAUGGCGAAAAAAAAACACUUGACCUUUACAAAGCGGUCAUUCGAGUGUAGCAAAUGUAACUUGAUCUCAUUGAUAAUUUAAUUCUUCUUCAGUA